UUGGUUAAAUACAGAAUCUGAGUGUUAGGACACAAAAUGGAGGAGUGGAUAUCACCAGAUGAUAAGAUACAUAAAAAAGUCUUAGUAACUGGAAACAGAGCCUUUAAUAAACCUUUCGAAGAAAGUACAUUUAAGUUAAAUAUCUCAGACUGUCCCAAAAUACUUGAUACUUUUAAGAAUAAGACUUUAACUGUAGGAGAUAGCAAUGGGGAUCUAGGCAGGGCUUUAGAUAUUUGCGUUUGCACUAUGCACUUAAAUGAAAAAGCUCAGUUUACCAUAAGCUUAGAUUUAGAACAAAUCACUGCAAUUAUUGAAUUAAUUGAAUUAGAUUUUCAAGGGUUUAUCUAUGAAUGGAAUGCGAAGAAAAAAAUUGAUAUAGCACUAAAGCACAAAGAAAAAGGCACAGAGUUUUUUAAUAGAAAAAAUCAAAUUGAGGCUGCAUACAGAUUUACAAAGGCUCUGAAAAUACUUUUGUCUAUACCUGUAGAUGUACAAUAUCCGCCCGAAAUCACUGAUGGUAUUAAACAAACUGAACUGAAGGCACUAAAAGGAAAGCUCUAUAAUAAUCUAUCGUCUUGUUAUUUUCGGGAAAAAGUAUACAAGCUAGCGAUGCCUCUAUGCGAAAAAGUGUUAAGCAUCGAACCUGAUAAUGUUAAAGCCCUGUAUAAAAUAGGGGUGGCCUCCGAAAUGGAAAAAGACUAUGAUAAAGCAUUUUCGGUUUUGGGCAAGGUAAUGGAGUUGGAGCCUCGAAAUAAAGCUUGCGCGCAACAUUUAGCCAGUGUAAAGCAAUAUCUCAAGAAGGCGGACUCGAGAGUGAAUGAAAUGAUGCGAAAAAUGAUUAGGGGAAGUAUUAGUAAAUAAAGUAACUAAAUUAUUAUUGAUUAUAUAUUUAUUUAUUUUUGAAAAUAUAUUAAUUUUUUAGUA